GUUACACAGCUCAAAUACAAACUAGUUAUACACCACUUAGACAAGAAUUUAGAGAGAGCGAUGUCAUUUCACCUACUCAUCUUCAACAAUUACAAUUACAAUAUAGGCAUAGUGACAUGUCCACGUCGUUUUUAAGGAGUAGCAGGAAUUCGAUAUUUCAAUCGGAAAUAAGAGCCGCUCAUGGUGACCCAGACGACCCUUUAUUAAAUAAUAAAAAUAACCCUUAUAAUAUUAAACUUAGCACUCGAUCCAUCUCUUUGCCCCAGAAACUUGACCCUCACUAUCAACUGCAAAAUAAGGACAUUGAGGGUCUUACAUCACCUGUUUCUCCUGGUACGAUAACCGUAACUCCAUUACUUAAUGGUUCAAAUGCAAAUAAAAAAUCAAAAGGUUUAAUAGUGUGCGUCUGUUUUAGUCUUAUUGCUGGAAUAAUAUUUACUUUAUGGGCUGUAACUACUCUAAUGCCACAUUACACUAAUGACCAAAGUUCAGGACAGAGUAUAAAUCCUAAGCAACAAAUACCAACGACAUGA